GGUGGCACAAGGAGGGCACCUACUGAGAUAGCCCGAUGCCAGUGCCAGUCUAGGGUGGCAGCAGACAUGCAGCCCCUCGACCUGCCUAGGAGUACACACCUGGAGAGCCUGGUCUUUGCAGCCCUGCCCAGUCUGCUGCUAGUACUCCUGGGUCUGCUAGAGGCAGCUAGCGGUUGUCCCACUGUGUGCAUCUGUAACAGCAACGGCACAGACUGUACAGGCCUGGCUCUGCUCUCCCUAACCACCAUCCUGCCCCUGCUGCCCCAGGACACCCGCACCCUCCGCCUGUCCCACAACAACCUCUCCUCCCUGGGCGACGGGGCCCUGUCCAACCUCAGCGCUCUGGAGCUCCUGGACCUUUCUGACAACCACCUCUCCAGCCUGCAACCAGGGUCUUUCUCCGGCCUCAGCGGCCUGCAGUGGCUCAACCUCUCAGGGAACUACCUGGGUGACUGCCCCCUACUUACCCCUACAGUCCCCAGUAACCAUACGGAGGUUACCCAGUGUAACGGUAGUCGCUGGGGGUUGAGCCGAGAGCUGUUCCAGGGUCUUUGGAUACUGAAAGGGCUGGAUUUGUCCCUGAACGGCCUGGUAGUUUUUCCCAAUGGGCUGCUGGACGGGCUCCAGGGCCUGGCCUGGCUGUCUCUGACUGGAAACAAGCUGCGGAGCCUGGACAGAGCCACCUUCCAGCCCCUGGGCAGCCUGCUGAGCCUCCAACUGGCAGGCAACCCUUGGGAGUGUGACUGCAACCUGAGGGACUUCAAGCACUGGAUGGAGUGGCUGCUGUACAGACGUCAGUGUUAUGUUGUGUAUUGCUUCAAGCUUACAGUGUUUCAUGUACAGUCAAGUCAGUUUGGCCUUUGUUCCAUGUCAUGUACUAGUCUGAUACUGUGUCAUGUAUGUUAUUGAUCUGUAAAUGAGCUUGAUUAUCUAUUGAUCUUGCUAGAGAUCCACUAGAUCCCUGUGUGUGUUUCAGACGGACAGGUGGAUGCUGUGAAGUGCAACCUACCGAAGGAGCUGAGGGGGCGGGACAUCCGCAGCAUCCCCAUAGAGAUGUU